AUGCACAUCUGCCCCGUGACCCAAAGGCGCUCGUGUCCGUCCGGCCGAGUGGAUAAUCGGUCGCGAUUGCUCGCCGAUCCGGCCUGGUUCGAGUCCCGCUGGGCCUGUCGACAGGACCGAGGCGAGCCAAAAAGUGCAGUCGACUUUAGUCGCGAUAAGAACUCCUUUUGGGCAGGCAAAGCGAUGCAAUAUGAGAUGUAUUCACCCUUUAGAAUUUUCACACAAUCAUAUGAAUAG